CAAACCCCUUUGCGCUGGUCUCGGCCAUUAGCUUUGAGUUGACGCCAGCUGGUCGAAACGAGAAGCUGAGGAACAGCAGUUUUGUUGCAGUUUACGUUGAGCUGGGCUGAGCGUUGCCGAAUCGAGAAAGUCAAUCCGAACAAAGCCAAGCCAUGGGAAACGCUCAGGCAUGUGAAGGGCGCAGUUUGGUGCACAAAGAAGAGUGGCUGCAGAAGCGUCGUCGCCGCAGUCUGCUGGAGAUCGAGGAGCCUCUGGCACCUUCCCUAUCCCCACCCCCACCCACAGCCGCCGCACCGCCCGCCCAGCACCUGCCCCCCGGAGAGGCGUCACCGCCCUUUAUGCCGCUGGAGACCCAGGCACCCAAAACCCCUGACAAAACCGCCUCCGUCGCAGACUCUUCCGUCUCCUCCGGCAGCUCUUCCUCGUCGUCCUCCGCUUCCUCCUCCGCCCUCCCCCCUGGCGUCGCUCGCGCCUCCGUGCCUCGUCUGCGCCGCGACGUGCUGCUGGCCAAAGGCAAGCGCCUGUCGGGGUCGUCCUCGUCCUCGUCGUCCAGCGCCUCGUCGUCUUUGCUGUGGAGCGACGUCUCGCGGCGCGGGGGCGGGGGAGCGAGCGCGGCGGAGGCGGAGCGGCUGGUGGCCGCUGCGGAGCGGGGCGAUCUGAAGCAGGUGCAGUCGUGCCUGGCGGACGGCGUUAAUAUCGACGCCAAGGACUCCCGGGGCAACACGGCGCUGCACUGCGCCGCAGGCAACGGCAGAUUGAUAGCUGUGAAAGCCUCGUUCAGUAAUGUAAAACAUUUACCAGCGCAAGGACGUAACAUGUUAACUCCCCAUGCAGUUGCUGGAGACUGCUAA